UACCUAGGUACCUAGGUAGGUACCCCCGCACAUCCGCCUUGAGAGGUAUGAACAGUAGGUACCUCUCGAGCUGUGCUGAGUACAUUACACUACAUUAGGAGGUAGGUACCUCCUAGCCUUAUACUGGUCGAACCUCGGUGCCUGACAACGAGAGAUAGGUACCCAUGUACCUACUAUAUACGAUGGCCGGUAAGGCUGGAUACCUUUCACUCGCAGACAUCUGCUUCCAUGUGAAAGUAUCUAGGACGGGUAACAUACGUUAUGGCUGCUCAGCCUUCUGUGGCGGGGAACGUCAUCAGCUUCGCGUCGUCGCAACCUUGAUGCUGUUGCCCCUCAAGCCGAGAUACAUUAGGUCCCUGCCUGCAAUUACAGCCGUUGUAUCAAAUUCGCCUACCCCCAUCAAUCCGGCUGUUAAUCAACCAGCAUUCCCGCAUUGCUCCGUCUGCAUCUCUCUAUCUUGUCUUCCCCUCCUAGGUCACCCAUCCAGUUCCUCUUAAUACUUCCCUUGUGUCUGCUCAGGAUGUCCGCUCCGACUGAUGUGAGCAAGGCCAAUACAACCUCGGCAGCCCCCGAGUCCCCAACUACCGUGCGCCCGUUUGAGAUGGACGACGAUGAUGUUCAAGAGACCGGCAUCCUCAGCGAGGAAAAUGCCCACCUAAACUCAUCGACUCCAAGCGCCGCCAACCCACGGGGAACGACCGAAGAAGCCAUACCCCCAAAGCCCCCUCGACCACUCACGGAGCAGCAGAAGAACGAGCUGAUUCUUCGAGAGGCAUUUCCGAACAUCGAGAUCUCGGUCAUCAAGGCCGUGUUGAUCGCAAGUGGCGGCCAGAUUGACCCUGCUUUCAAUGCCCUUCUAGGCAUGAGCGAUCCCGAUGCCGUCCAAAACGAACCCGUGCAUGAUCCAGCUCCCCCGCCGCAACCUCCACGACCAACCGGCCCUCAAACCCCUAUGUCGCAAGUGGAGGCGGACGAACUCUACGCUCGGCAGCUCGCCCAGCAUUACGAUAAUGUCGGUUCUUACGAGGCGAGGACAACAAAUCGAAGCCCCGGCGGCCAGCAUCGACAACAGGCAACCGGCCUGAAGCCUAACGAGAUGUACGACCGAGAGCACAGCUUCAUCGAUGAUGACCUUCCUGUCAUCAAGGAGAAUCUACGCAAGGGGUUCCUCGAGACCCAGACCAAAGUUAACAGCUGGUUCACCAACCUGAAGAAGAAGAUUGACGGGGAAUACAACGAAGACGAGGACGAGUCACAGCCGUCCAAGAACCGACACCAUAACGGGCCAGGCAGGCGGAGCGGGGAGGGCCACAGAAGCGCGGACUACAACCGCUACGACGCGGACCCCCAGGUUCUCAGCGACGACUUUGCUGGCAUGACGCUCCACCCGGGCGGUCGACCAGUUCAAGGCGGCCAGCCAAGCAAUCCUAACCUUUAUAGGCCGCCCCCGCUUUCGACAUCCCCCAAGCCAGAGGGCCGCAAGGUGGCCUUCAAGGAGGGCGUUGAGGAUAUCGACCAGUACGACGCGUCGCCGAGGCUCGUUCCCAAAGACUCGAGCGCAACUCCGCCCCCUGGAAAGCAGAGCAAAUGGCAGCCAUUGUCUUCGGUCGAACCAAACCCGAUCACAGACAACGACCCAUUCAGCCUCGGCGAUAGCGAGGACGAAAAGGAGGCUAAGGAGAAGAACAACGGAGGCAUCAAGAUGGAGGACACCGAAAGACUCAAGCAAGCUACCGCCGACGCUAUGGCCGAUAGCCUAGUCAGCUCCGAAAAGAAGACGGACAGCAAAUAAAGAGGCGGCCCGGGUUGAUGUAAGCCGGAGUCUUCUCGGCAGUGGGGAGGGGUUCUUUUUUUUAUUAUACCGUUGAGUUGUUGAAUUCCCGCGCAACUCGACCUGCGCUACAUACCUACGAUCGACGUAUGCGCCUCGUUGGUGUGGAUGUAUUCAGAGUCUUGGGCUAUACGAAGUAGCUAAUGUUUUUCUUUGUUUCUUCCCACCUUGCUUUUCAGCAGCUGCACCGAAGGUGUCGAGGUUGCACCGUCUCCAUGCCCCUGCGUGUGUAAGCUGCAGGCUCGGGCAUCUAUAGGGACCCGACCACCCGCCCAGGCUUGGGGAAAUGAGUCGAAACGGAAUCCUGCGAUUCGCGGACGGGCAGCUGGAGAUGACAAGAAGCGAUGCUGUGAUUGGCCUGGGAGUUGCUGUCUGAUCACGACACGGUACUACGUACCGUGUAUCUGUCUUGUCAAAGGAAGGCCGGCCUGGCUGCACCGCUUCCACACCUCUCCGCCUGCCAGGGUAUCUCGAGUCUCACCUGUGGAAAAGCGACAGAUGGUUUAGGCAGCCAUCUGCUUGCCGCCAUUAGAUCAGUAGGUUACUCAAUGGGGGAUAGGUUCGAUCCCUAACAGCGCUACUUGGUAGUCUUCGUUAUUUAGCUCAUCUCCAUCCUGCUCGGUCGAAGACCGUUGCA